UAUAGUAGGAAGGAAAGGAAUAUGCGACGCGGAGAUGGCGUUCCGUUUCGUUCUUAAACCAUUGUUGUCACCACCAUGGAAACACCCCUACACAACUUCCUUUAUAUAUAUAUAUAUAUACCUACCUCUCUUCCCCAAUAAUCACCAUCUUCUCCAACAAAUACCUGCACCGUAGUUCCAAUCCAAUUAGUAUCUCUCUUUCUCUCUCUCUCUCUCUCUCAAUGGCUCUCAAGGCCGUUCAUGUCUCCGACGUCCCUAAUCUCGACCAAGUCCCCGAAAACGCCUCCUUCACCCUCUAUUCUACCCGUUGCUCCAAAGGGGUUGAUGUAGGUAGAAUUGGAUUUAAAAUUCCAAAAUUCAUGGUGGUAGGGCAUAGAGGGAGUGGAAUGAAUAUAUUGCAGGCGUCAGAUCGGAGAAUGAAAGCCAUUAAAGAGAACUCCCUUCUUUCUUUCAAUUCUGCCGCUCAGUUCCCCAUCGAUUUCAUCGAGUUUGACGUUCAGGUGACAAAAGAUGACUGCCCUGUCAUUUUCCACGACAACUCGAUCCUCUCUGAAGAAAAUGGGACUGUAUAUGAGAAGAGAGUGACAGAACUGAGUCUAUCUGAGUUCCUUCGCUAUGGUCCUCAAAGAGAGCCUGGCAAUGUGGGCAAGUCUCUUUUUAGGAAAACAAAAGAGGGUAAUAUUUUAAGCUGGAGCGUUGAGAAAGAUGACUCCCUCUGUACGCUUGAAGAAUCGUUUCAAUUGGUUAACCCAUCUUUGGGAUUCAACAUCGAAUUGAAGUUCGAUGAUCACAUUGUCUAUCAGCAAGAACAUCUCAUCCAUGUUCUUCGUGCCAUAUUGAAGGUAGUGUUUGAACACGCAAAAGACAGACCCAUCAUUUUCUCAACCUUCCAGCCUGAUGCAGCCCUGAUUGUCAGGAAACUGCAGAGCACCUAUCCUGUCUUCUUCCUCACAAAUGGAGGAACUGAGAUUUUUUGUGAUGUGAGAAGGAACUCUUUGGAGGAGGCCAUGAAGCUCUGCUUAGAGGGUGGUUUGCAAGGUAUUGUAUCGGAGGUCAAGGGAAUAUUUAGAAAUCCAGGGGCGGUAACAAAGAUCAUUGAGGCUAAGUUAUCACUCCUAACCUAUGGCAAAUUAAACAAUGUGCCUGAAGCGGUUUACUUGCAACAUUUAAUGGGGGUUGAGGGAGUGAUUGUUGAUUUGGUUCAAGAAAUCACAGAGUCAGUUUCUGAUAUGAUCAAGCCAUUGAGGGAGGAGGGGGAAGAAGAGAUACAAUUGGAAGGGGAAGAACAGGUUCAGGUCAAAGCAAAGCCUCAAUUCUCUGAAAAGGAGUUGUCAUUUUUGCUGAAGCUUAUACCAGAGUUGAUACAGCUAUAACAUGGUCUGCCUGGCCAUUCCAUAUACACUUCCAUUUUACACACAGUUACCGAUUCAUCUUCGUUGUCAUGAAACAUUGAGCAGGCAUGGGCGUGGUGUAGUCAUAGAUAGAUGUCUGCCUUGUUGUACAUAAGCCGGUCUUUCCUCAUCUCUUGACAUCGAUGCAAAGGUUAUAUACUUCUUUCUCCUGGUGCUUCAUCUGUGGUAACCAUAGAAAUGAUUGCGCAGUUGAUGGAAGCUUUUUCUUCAGUUUUUUUGUUUUUGUUUUGUCUCUUUGCUUUCUUUUUCCUCCGCUCCAUCUUUGCACUGGCAAUGUAACUUGGGUUCAUGGACAUGUACUUGUUUCAAACAUAAAAAAUGUUGGCUGCUGAUGUCAGAAUUAAUUGGCUAUUUUUUGGUGGCAAA